UGGGGAAGUUCAGGGAAAGCGGCGGGGGCUAGACCGGGGAGAGGCGUCUCGAGCACCGCCUCGAAAACGAGGGCUUUCCCUCUUCUCGCAAAACUUCGCGGGCACGCGGCAGAAUUCUCGCGAAAGCUUAAGACUGGUUUCUAGACAGACGACACACUGGGUUGCCACUGACGCCCUCUAGCUGUGGAGAUCCUGGGCUUCUGUCUCAAGGCAGGAGCCACCUGCAAUGGGUUCAGGAGCUGGCUCGACACCCACGAUAUGGUCCUUGUUGGAUGGGAGCCUUGGGACAACUGGAUGGUGGGUGCAGGGAGUUGAAUGAAGAACAGCAAAGCCGUAUUGCAUUGGCAUUUGCACAUUGCCACCUACAGCGGUCUGGGAGGAGGUUCCCACCCUGUGAAAUUGGUAGCUCUAUCCGUGACUGCACACAGCACAUGGAUCCGGUGGCUUUUGGAGUAUACACUGAAUUUUUCACCCAUGCUCAUACCAUCUGUUAUUUUCUACACAAUGAGGCUUGGCAGCAGCAAGCCCAAGACACUGUGCACAGGCUGAUAUCCUCUUCUGAAACAGUGGCCCAGCAAUUGGAAUCUACCAACCAGCUUGCAGAAGAGACUGCUCGGGCCCAGAAUGCCACCUUGCGUUCUCAGGAGCAGAUCCUGCGAGAUGGGGAGCUGCUAUGGCGGACACUCCGUGACUCCUCCCAAGGCAUACACCAGGCCUUCCAAGAACUGCAGAAUUCAGCCAUCGAGCAGCGAGUAGCCUUUGCAGAGAUCUUUAAUCGGGUGGCAUUCCUGCACCGCUUUGUAGUGGGGGAAUCCAGUGCUCUCUAUUCUGUCUUCUUCCAUCUCUUGAGUGGUGUUACCACUCUGCUGCUGACCUCUAGCCAACGAACUGCGGGAGCUCGGUUAAUUUUGCUGGCCUUGGUGGGAGCUAAUAUUUAUUUAGAACGUGUCAUCUGCAACCUUCUCCUGGAUAACUCAGAAGAGGGCUAUGACCUGACGGAAAGCAUCUCCUUCUGGGUGGGCCUGUCACGCCAGACUUUUGCUGGACUGUGCGUAGCUGUCCUAGCUUAUUUUAUCUGGACCUACAAGGACCCAGCCAAACAGAGCCAAGAGGUGCUGCAGAGUCUGCAGGAGAUUCGGACAGAGAUUCAGCAACUUUUACAAGAAACUGAGAGGCUGCUGGUGAAACCAGAGCUGCUGUUUCAAGGCACCGAGCCUAGAACAGAAAAGGAGGUAUUGAGUGUCUCAAAGCUGCUGCUCUAUUCAGAGAACAGAGCUGAAAUGGACUCAGAGGAGCACUGGACUGGUCACCAGAGAAAUGAGAUAUGGACUGGCAGCCCCAGGCAGAGAGGACGGCCACCUUCCCAGACUUGUCAUUCAUUGCUUCACCAGCACAGGCAGUCCCAAAACACUGCCACUCAGCUGCUGACAGUCUCUGUACCAGUGGAUGGGACUCCACGGUACAACCUUCGGAGCCGGCAGUCUCUACAAGACCCCAACCCUUCCACGUGCUAUUAAGCCUGAGCCCUGGAUGCCCACAUGAAGAGCCGAAGAGGUAUCACCUCAUUGUGCACUGAUACAGCCAGAGGAAGCAACAUCUCUCCGGGCAGGGUUUUGGUCAAUAAUCAUAUUUCUUUGAGUAAGGGAAUAAGCAGUUCGGGACAUAUAACUCCUUUGAUUUUCUAUACGAGUAUCCAAAAAUCUCUAAGAUAUUAAGCAAUCUGAGCAGGCAAGAGUUGAGCCAAAUAUUAUUAUGCCCUGGGUUGAUAUGGCCUGCCCCAUUUCCUUAACCCAGCUACUUUUGAUUUUCUGUCCCUAGCUUGCAAGAAAAUAGAUCAAGAGAUAGAAAUGGUUACAAAGAGUUUUUAAAAUUAAUUUUAAUUAACCCUAGGAUUUCCCCCGCACAUGAUUUGGCCCAGUAGCCUUCUUUCUGCAACUCUGACUAGAAUUGAAGUGUCCCCGAGUCACUGUUCCCAAGAACGGCAUUCACGCAAGCUCUUUUAGAAGGGCAGAACUGCGCUCCUGCUUGUACCUCCGUUCAACCAAAUUUGACACUGAAGAAGUUUGAGGCUGAGUUGGAAUGAGACUUUCUCUAUCUUCUGUGAAUCUGUUGUAGCAUUAAGAGCCAAAUCUGAGACAAUGCUAAUGCAACUACACCCUUAUUUUAACACUGAUUUUAACCUGCUCAAUAAAGUUUCUUGAUAAAACA